AUGAAGGGACGAGCCCCAUCAGACUUUAUCGUCAAGUUUACCGACUUUCCUGAAGAAGUGGCAAAUGCACCAAUUGGAAAGCCUUGGCAAGUCUUCGUCGGUGGCUCAUCCUGUCGUACUAAAGGGGGAGUAGGGGUCCACAUAAUAGGUGACUCUAGGCAUGAACACCAUUACAUGGUGAAACUCACUGCCAAAACUACCAACAAUGAAGCCAAGUACGAAGCAUUGGUAGCAGGACUUUCGAUAGCUGAGGCACUAGGAGUUACUGAGGUCAAGGUAAAGGUAGACUCCCAAGUAGUCGUUAAUCAAGUGUUGGGAGUGUACAAGAUGAAAAGCAAAAAUUUGAAAAAGUACUUACAGUUGGCAUGGGAGAAGCGUGACCAGUUUUGUCACUUUAGCAUCGAACAAAUACCUAGAGAGAGCAACAACAUAACGGACAAACUUGCAUGA